AUGGAUGGUUGUCGACAUCAUCAGAAGCCUCUUCACAGGCUCUUCAAGAUGAGAUUUGGACUCAUCGUCUCCGCCGUCGCCCUCUUCGGAGUCGGCCAGGCGCAAAACUCCACCUUCCAGAACCCCAUCAUCAGCGGCUUCAACCCGGACCCGAGCUGCGUCUUCGUGCCGGAGCUCAACAACACCUUCUUCUGCGCGACGUCGAGCUUCCUCGCCUUCCCCGGCCUCCCCGUCCACGCCAGCAGAGACCUCGUGCACUGGAAGCACGUCUCCAACGCCUUCGGCCGCGCCGACCAGCUCCCGGGGCUGGCCUUCCUGCCCAAGGCCACCAGCGGCAUCUACGCGCCGACGCUGCGCUUCCACGAGGGCGUCUUCUACCUCCUCUGCACGCUCGUCAACCAGCAGCUGCCCAGGACCAACGACAGCCGCUGGGACAACUUCGUCCUCACCUCGACGGACCCCUACAGCUCCGACGCCUGGUCCGACCCCGUGCACUUCAGCUUCCCCGGCUUCGACCCGUCGCCCUUCUGGGACGACGACGGCAAGACGUACGUCUCGGGCGCCCACACGGCCGCCUACUACCCAGGGAUCAUGCACGCGCCGCUCGACCUGGAGACGGGCGAGAUCGGGGACAUCGUCAUGCCCUGGAACGGCACCGGCGGGCGCUCGCCCGAGGCCCCUCACAUCUGGAAGCGCGACGGGUACUACUACCUCCUCCUCGCCGAGGGCGGCACGCGAGAGAACCACAUGGUGACCAUGGCGCGGUCGAGGAGCCUCGAAGGCCCCUACGAUCCGGCGCCGGCGAACCCGCUUCUCACUUCGGCCAACGACACGAGCUCCUACUUCCAGGCCGUCGGCCACGCCGACCUCUUCCAGGACGCCGCCGGCCAGUGGUGGGCUGUCGCCCUCGCAGUCCGCGCCGGCGGCUCCUACGGCCAGGACCCGGGCGCCUACUUCGGCAACCUGCCCAUGGGCCGCGAGACGGUCCUCACCCCCGUGACCUGGGACGAGGGCGAGUUCCCCGUCUUCACGCCCGUCACCGGCGACGUCUCCGGCUGGCCGCUCCCGCCCGAAGCCAUCCCCGAGGAAGGAGAAGGCCAGCUCAGCGACGCGGACGACGUCGUCACCUUCGCCCCGGGCACCGGACUCCCCAUCCACUUCAUCCACUGGCGCCUCCCCAAGGCGCGGAACUACGCCGUCUCGCCCCCGGGCCACUGGAACACGCUGGCCCUCAAGUCAUCGGUCCUCAACCUCACGGCCUUCGACGCCGACUUCGCCCUCGGCCGCGGCCAGACCUUUGUCGGGCGGCGCAUGGCCCACUCGCUCUUCCGGUUCCGCGUCGACGUCGACUGGGCCGGGUCCCUGACCAAGGAGGACAUGGAGGUCGGCGUGUCCAUCAUCCAGGACCAGGCCCAGCACUUCGACCUCGGCAUCGUCGCGCUCAAGGCCGGCGGGGACAACGGCGGCGGAGACCUCCGGCCGCAUCUGCGGUUCCGCGGCAUCUCGGAGACGCCGUACCGGGCGACGGAGAGCCCGCCGAACGAGGUGUUCCCGCUGCCCGACGGCUGGGCCGGGAAGAAGCUCUCUCUGCAGAUUGAGGCGGUCAACAGCACCCAUUUUGCCUUCUCGGCCGGCCUCGCUGGCCCGGCGGAGGAGUCUGAGCUGAGGGUCUUUGGUCACUGCAAGGGGACCGAGUUGGUUCCUUACUACUCUGGUGUCGCGGUUGGCGUCUACGCGACUUCCAACGGGAAGCAUGGCGAACAGGCGUUCGAGACGUACAUAUCCAACUGGAGGUACACGGGCAUCAGACAGCUGAGGAGUCAGGAAGACGUUGAUGACGCUGAUGGCGCAGCAUGA